AUGGUCGCCCCUCCGUCGUGCUGUUUCCUGCUACACAUCGCUGCCGCCUUAUGGCUUUUCUCCUUUUUUAUUUGUGCUACCGCCAGGUCGUCCAGAACUUUCUCCAUCUCCUCCUACUUCUUCUCCCUCCGCCGCCCUUUCGAUGAUUCAAACCCUACUCAAACCCUUAGUCCCUCCACCCACAUCAGAUUCUUCAUCCCCGUCUACGUCGUUUCCAAUACCGACGAUAAGCCCUCAUUCAGCACUGAGAUUUUCUUCGAUCGCGGCCUUCCUGCCCGCCCAGUCGAGAAGGAGCUGGAAAUUGAGCCCCGUGCUUCGAAUAUGCCCAUGCCCUUUGGGUUCUCUUCCGAUGAUUUUAGCUCCCUCCGUGGUCGGACCAAGGACAUUCUAAGUGUUAUUGUGGCUUUGCUCUUCGGCGUGAAUGUGAAACGUUAA